UACAUUUUGCAUGUCAAAGAGGCCUCCGUAGGACUAGCUAGUUCAUCACUAAUUCUAUGGCUUUGGCCGUGUUCAUCUUCGUCUUACUUCUCAAAGUCUCCACCGCCGUUUCCAGUCAGAACAUAACCCAUCUAUUCUCUGCCGUCCUCAUUUUUGGCGACUCCACUGCAGAUUCCGGCAACAACAAUUACAUAAAUACCCCAUUCAAAGCCGACCAUCCCCCAUACGGGGAAGACUUUCCUGGAAAAAUCCCCACCGGCCGGUUUUCUAACGGAAAACUGGUGUCGGACUUUUGGGCGUCUCUGCUGGGAAUAAAACAAACCGUUCCUCCGUUCCUGCAGCCUAAUAUCUCCGAUUUUGAUAUCCGUACUGGAGUGAACUUUGCUUCCGCCGGAUCGGGGUACGAUGACAUGACGGCUCAGAUUUCUCAGGUGAUUCCUGUGACGAAGCAGUUGUAUUACUUUAGGGAGUAUAUAAAGAGAUUGAAGAAAGUUGUGGGGAUCAAAGAAGCGAAUAGGAUAAUUGAGGGGGCGUUGGUGUCAAUUAGUGCUGGAACAAAUGAUUUCACCAUUAGCUACUACGAUCUGCCUUCUAGAAGAGAAGAUUUCUCCAUGGACGAUUACCAGGAUUAUAUAUUGAAGAAGCUUCAGAAUUUCGUCAAUGAGCUGUACAAGCUCGGAUGUCGAACAAUGGUGGUUUCAGGGCUACCUCCGAUGGGGUGUUUACCGAUUCAAAUGCUGUCCAGAUUCUCGAGAACAUGUUUGACGGAUCAGAACACCGAUGCUCGAAUCUACAAUCAGAAGCUCAUGAAUCUGCUGCCGCAGAUUCAAUCUUCUCUGAAAGGAAGCCGGAUUAUGUACACAGAUAUCUACACUCCGAUGAUGGAGAUGAUCCGAAAUCCACGAAAACAUGGAUUUACCCAUACGAAAGUGGGGUGCUGUGGAAUUGGGUUACUGGAAGCAGGACCAAUAUGUACAUAUCUUACUCCACUAUGUACAAACCCUUCAAACUAUUUGUUUUUCGAUAGCAUCCAUCCAACUGAAGCUGCCUAUCGUUACGUUACCAAAACCCUUCUCAAUCAAAUCCUUCGUCAUCUGAAUACCUCCGGCCAUAUUUUCUAAGUAAAAUACUAAAAUCUAGAAUAGACUUCCUUUUAGGUUUUCCUAAACAGAAAUGGUUAGAUCCAGAAGAAUAUCUGUAAUGUUUAAUGCAC